AUCUCACACAAGGACCAUGAUGCUAUCCCCCGGAAGAAGCGCAACGUGCUUUUCCCCAGCGGGGUCAAACUCUGUGCUGAGGAGAGUGUGCAACAAUCCAUUGCAAAUCACCUCAGCUACUUUCACCUGCGAGGUAAGACCACUACCACUCACCUGUAUGUAUACUGAUGGAGGAAGAAGUGGCCCAUAUCUGGAAUCAAUUUACACUCCCCAAAUCUGAGGUGGCAAGUCUGCGCGUGUGACACGUUCUGUCAACCCUUACCCAGACCAUAGAGAAGGCCUACAGUGCUUUCAGAAAGUAUUCACACCCCUUGACUUUUUCACACAUUUCGUUGUGUUACAGCCUGAAUUUAAAAUGGAUUCAAUUGAGAUUUUGUGUCACUGGCCUACACACAAUAACCCAUAAUGUCAAAGUGGAAUUAUGUUUUUAGACAUUUUAACAAAUUAAUUUAAAAUUAAAAGUUGUAAUGUCUUGAGUCAAUAAGUAUUCAACCCCUUUGUUAUGGCAAGCUUAAAUAAGUUCAGGAGUAAAAAUUUGCUUAACAAGUCACAUAAUAUGUUGCAUGGACUCAGUCUGUGUGCAAUAAUAGUGUUUAACAUAAUGUUUUAAUGACUACCUCAUCUCUGUACCACACACAUAAAAUUAUCUGUAAGGUCCCUCAGUCGAGCAGUACAGUGGCUUGCGAAAAUAUUUCCCCCCCAUUUUUUUCCUAUUUUGUUGCCUUACAACCUGGAAUUAAAAUUUAUUUUUGGCGGGUUUAUAUCAUUUGAUUUACACAACAUGCCUACCACUUUGAAGAUGCAAAAUAUUUUUAAUUGUGAAACAAACAAGAAAUAAGACAUAAAAACAGAACUUGAGCGUGCAUAACUAUUCACAACCCCCCCCACCUUUUGUAGAGCCACCUUUUGCAGCAAUUACAGGUGCAAUUCUCUUGGGGUAUGUCUCUAUAAGCUUGGCACAACUAGCCACUGGGAUUUUUGCCCAUUCUUCAAGGAAAAAAUGUGUGGGGGGGGUAGUCUCCCGAGUGGCGCAGUGGUCUAAGGCACUGCAUUACAGUGCUAGCUGUGCCACUAGAGAUCCUGGUUUGAAUCCAGGCUCUGUUGUAGCCGGCCGCAACCGGGAGACCCAUGGGGCGGUGCGCAAUUGGCCCAGCAUCGUCCAGGGUAGGGGAGGGAAUGGCCGGCAGGGAUGUAGCUCAGUUGAUAGAGCAUGGCGUUUGCAACGCCAGGGUUGUGGGUUCGAUUCCCACAGGGGGUAUGAAAAAAUAAUGUAUGCACUAACUGUAAGUCGCUCUGGAUAAGAGCGUCUGCUAAAUGACUAAAAUGUAAAUUAAAAACUGCUCCAGCUCCUUCAAGUUGGAUGGGUUCUGCUGGUGUACAGCAAUCUUUAAGUCAUACCACAGAUUCUCAAUUGGAUUGAGGUCUGGGCUUUGACUAGGCCAUUCCAAGACAUUUAAAUGUUUCCCUUUAAACCACUCGAGUGUUGCUUUAGCACUAUGCUUAGGGUCAUUGUCCUGCUGGAAGGUGAACCUCCGUCCCAGUCUCAAAUCUCUGGAAGACUGAAACAGGUUUCCCUCAAGAAUUUCCUUGUAUUUAGUGCCAUCCAUCAUUCCUUCAAUUCUGACCAGUUUCCCAGUCCCUGCCGAUGGAAAAACAUUGUUUUCGGGGUGAUGAGAGAUGUUGGGUUUGCGCCAGACAUAGCGUUUUCCUUGAUGGCCAAAAAGCUUAAUUUUAGUCUCAUCUGACCAGAGUACCUUCUUCCAUAUGUUUGGGGAGUCUCCCACAUGCUUUUUGGCGAACACCAAACGUGUUUGCUUAUUUCUUUCUUUAAGCAAUGGCUUUUUUCUGGCCACUCUUCCAUUAGCCGAGCUCUGUGGAGUGUCCGGCUUAAAGUGGUCCUAUGGACAGAUACUCCAAUCUCCGCUGUGGAGCUUUUCAGCUCCUUCAGGGUUGUCUUUGGUCUCUUUGUUGCCUCUCUGAUUAAUGCCCUCCUUGACUGGUACAUGAGCUUUGGUGGGCGGCCCUCUCUUGGCAGGUUUGUUGUGGUGCCAUAUUCUUUCCAUUUUUUUAUAAUGGAUUUAAUGGUGCUCCGUGGGAUGUUCAAAGUUUCGGAUAUUUUCUUUUAACCAAACCCUGAUCUGUACUUCUUCACAACUUUGUCCCUGACCUGUUUGGAGAGCUCAUUGGUCUUCAUGGUGCCACUUGCUUGGUGGUGCCCCUUGCUUAGUGGUGUUGCAGACUCUGGGGCCUUUCAGAACAGGUGUAUAUAUACUGAGAUCAUAAGACAGAUCAUGUGACACUUAGAUUGCACACAGGUGAACUUUAUUUAACUAAUUAUGUGACUUCUGAAGGUAAUUGGUUGCACCACAUCUUAUUUAGGGGCUUCAUAGCAAAGGGGGUGAAUACAUAUGCACACACCACUUUUCAGUUAUUAAUUAUUUUAGAAUUUUUUAAACAAGUUAUUUUUUAAAUUUCACUUCACCAAUUUGGACUAUUUUGUGUAUGUCCAUUACAUGAAAUCCAAAUAAAAAUCCAUUUAAAUUACAAGUUGUAAUGCAACAAAAUAGCGUAGGGGAUGAUGAGUACUUUUGAGUUUCUAGUGCCUAGCAAAGAAGGGCACCUACAGUGAGGGAAAAAAGUAAUUGAUCCCCUGCUGAUUUUGUACGUUUGCCCACUGACAAAGAAAUGAUCAGUCUAUAAUUUUAAUGGUAGGUUUAUUUGAACAGUGAGAGACAGAAUAACAACAAAAAGAUCCAGAAAAACGCAUGUACAAUUUUUUAUAAAUUGAUUUGCAUUUUAAUGAGGGAAAUAAGUAUUUGACCCCCUCUCAAUCAGAAAGAUUUCUGGCUCCCAGGUGUCUUUUAUACAGGUAACGAGCUGAGAUUAGGAGCACACUCUUAAAGGGAGUGCUCCUAAUCUCAGCUUGUUACUUGUAUAAAAGACACCUGUCCACAGAAGCAAUCAAUCAAUCAGAUUCCAAACUCUCCACCAUGGCCAAGACCAAAGAGCUCUCCAAGGAUGACAGGGACAAGAUUGUAGACCUACACAAGGCUGGAAUGGGCUACAAGAAUAUCGCCAAGCAGCUUGGUGAGAAGGUGACAACAGUUGGUGCGAUUAUUCGCAAAUGGAAGAAACACAAAAUAACUGUCAUCUCCCUCGGCCUGGGGCUCCAUGCAAGAUCUCACCUCGUGGAGUUGCAAUGAUCAUGAGAACAGUGAAGAAUCAGCCCAGAACUACACGGGAGGAUCUUGUCAAUGAUCUCAAGGCAGCUGGGACCAUAGUCACCAAGAAAACAAUUGGUAACACACUACGCCGUAAAGGACUGAAAUCCUGCAGCGCCCGCAAGGUCCCCCUGCUCAAGAAAGCACAUAUACAGGCCCGUCUGAAGUUUGCCAAUGAACAUCUGAAUGAUUCAGAGGAGAACUGGGUGAAAGUGUUGUGGUCAGAUGAGACCAAAAUCGAGCUCUUUGGCAUCAACUCAACUCGCCGUGUUUGGAGGAGGAGGAAUGCUGCCUAUGACCCCAAGAACACCAUCCCCACCGUCAAACAUGGAGGUGGAAACAUUAUGCUUUGGGGGUGUUUUUCUGCUAAGGGGACAGGACAACUUCACCGUAUCAAAGGGACGAUGGACGGGGCCAUGUACCGUCAAAUCUUGGGUGAGAACCUCCUUCCCUCAUCCAGGGCAUUGAAAAUGGGUCGUGGAUGGGUAUUCCAGCAUGACAAUGACCCAAAACACAUGGCCAAGGCAACAACGGAGUGGCUCAAGAAGAAGCACAUUAAGGUCCUUGAGUGGCCUAGCCAGUAUCCAGACCUUAAUCCCAUAGAAAAUCUGUGGAGGGAGCUGAAGGUUGGACAAAAUCCCUCCUGUCGGACAAAAUCCCUCCUGAGAUGUGUGCAAACCUGGUGGCCAACUACAAGAAACGUCUGACCUCUGUGAUUGCCAACAAGGGUUUUGCAGAGGGGUCAAAUACUUAUUUCCCUCAUUAAAAAGCAAAUCAAUUCAUAACAUUUUUGACAUGCGUUUAUCUGGAUUUUUUUGUUGUUAUUCUGUCUCUCACUGUUCAAAUAAACCUACCAUUAAAAUUAUAGUGUCACGUUCGUUUAAUGAUGGGUCAGACCAAGGCGCAGCGUGAUAUACGUACAUGUUUAUUUACUAUUAAACACCACAACAAAACAAUAAACGAAACGAAACGUGAAGUCCUAAGGUUGUACAUACAACGAACCUUACCCGGAACAAGAUCCCACAACCCACUAGUGCCAAUAGGCUGCCUAAGUAUUAUUCCCAAUCAGAGACAACGAGCUACAGCUGCCUCUGAUUGGGAACCACACCGGCCAACAUAGAAAUACACAUAAUAGAUUGAAACAUAGAAAACACACAACAAAGAAUAUACACACCCUGACUCAACAUUUAAGUGUCCCCUGAGACAGGGCGUGACAGUAACCCCCCCCCCCCAAAGGUGCGGACUCUGACCGCACAACAUUGUGUGGCCUCAUCUAAAGUGUGGGCUAUUUAUACUUUAUAAAUAUUUAUAAAUGUUUUGAGUGACCAGUGUAAUUUCUCACAAAAAGAUGGACAUGCCAUUGGUAGACAUUCCAGCAGUACCUAAUGCUCAAAAAGGCCCUUAGAACAUAUAAAUGGUUAAACAAUAAGCACACAAUACAGAAGAUGUUUAAGAAAACAUAUUGAACCUUUUAUUCCAAAACAGUCACACUGUUGUAAUAGUGUGAUAUGUAACUUCAGACACACUAUGCUGAGUAAAAUAACGUUUUUAGUCCAAAAAUGCUAACAUAAGUGUUUCUUGGCAGCAGUGGAUGGGUGCAUUGUCUUAGGGCCUAGCCUUUUGGGGACUCAAAGAUACAUUUAGUUGUGGGGCCCCCCAACCUCACAGGCAAAACGUUUUAGUGGCCCCCCUCUUGAUGGCGGAGAUAAUAUUUGUUUGUUUUAGAGUACAUUUCCUGCAAUUCUACACAUUUUACCAAGGGGCAGAGAAAAUAUUUAGCAAUUCUAUAACUAAUUUCAUGCAAUCCUACUCAUUUUUCCAUGGGGCAGAGAGAAACAUUUGCAGUUUUUAAGCUAAUCUGAGUGAGAAUGACUAACAAUAUCAAUGGGGGCCCCCUGGAAGUCAGGGCCCCUGGGCAGGUGCCCUGCGUGCCUGGUCGGUAAUUCGACCAUGAUCACUACAAGUUUAGAUAGUUUACUAGACUAAUUUACCAAUCUCUAAAGCUUUAGCUGACAUGGCAGUGUUAAUCUCGUCAACAAUAACUAUGUUGAAAAAUACUUGCCAACAACCUACUAUGGAAAAAAAGGAUAACUAUUACAAAUUACUUUUCAUUUUAGUUGACGAAAAUGGGAUGAGACAAGAAUUCCACGUGAUACUAAUGGACAUUAUAUUUGACAUGAAGCUCCUUUUCAUCAGUUUUUUCCAAUGCUUAGCAUGCAUGCAGAAUAGUUCAUGCAAUCCUCUCAUUUGGAAGAAUUGACAUUUUUCAGUUGUGUUGUCUAAUUGAGCUGAUCUGCCCGGCUCUCCCUCACAGCUCCCAGGUGGUCACUUCAGUCACUAGUCAAUCUUUUGAACUGAUGCGAAUCCAGGACACUUGACUUGUAACUAACCUCAACUUGAAACAAUGUUUACUCUCUCUUUUACUUUCAUGUAGGCUAUUUUUGCUUUGAUCACAUCAGAAGCUCUAUUUUCCCAUGUGCACUGUUAUUCAUUCAUCUCUGUUGCCACGGUCCGCAAAUGCAAGUUGCGGUUGUCUUUUUUGUUGCUAUUUGUUGAAUAUUAAGAGUACAGUAGUACAGUAAUACUACUGGCAUUUUUGUAAAGCAAAAAUUCUCCAAUUUUUAAGGAAACCACUGUUAUUUAGCCACAAAUAUUGGAAUACAUUAUUUCACUGAACUAUCCCAUUACGCUUAAAUAGUUACUACCUUUAAAGGCCCAGUAAAGGUGCCGCCAAAUAAAGCCAUGUGUGAAAAUAGUCUGCUGUUAAAAGACUGAAGCACUGGAAGCGUUUAAAGGUUAUAUACAGUGCCUUCGGAAAGUAUUCAGACACCUUGACUUUUUCCACAUUUUGUUACAUUACAGCCUUAUUCUAAAAUUGAUUAAAUUGUUAUUUUUCCCUCAUCAAUCUACACACAAUAACCCAUUAUGACAAAUCAAAAACAGGUUUUGAGAUUUCUUCUUCAAAUGUAUUACAAAUAAAAAACUGAAAUAUCACAUUUACAUAAGUAUUCAGACCCUUUACUCAGUACUUUGUUGAAGCACCUUUGGCAGCGAUUACAGCCUCGAGCCUUCUUCGAUAUGACGCUACAAGCUUGGCACACCUGUAUUUGGGGAGUUUCUCCCAUUCUUCUCUGCAGAUCCUCUCAAGCUCUUUCAGGUUGGAUGGGGAGCGUUGCUGCACAGCUAUUUUCAGGUCUCUCCAGAGAUGUUAGAUCGGGUUCAAGUCCGGGCUCUGGCUGGGCCACUCAAGGACAUUCAGAGACUUGUCCCGAAGCCACUCCUGCGUUGUCUUGGCUGUAUGCUUAUGGUCGUUGUCCUAUUGGAAGGUGAACCUUCGCCCCAGUCUGAGGUCCUGCAUGCUCUGGAGCAGGUUUUCAUCAAGGAUCUUUCUGUACUUUGCUCCAUUAAUCUUUCCCUCGAUCCUGACUAGUCUCCCAAUCCCUGCCGCUGAAAAACAUCCCCACAGCAUGAUGCUGCCACCACCAUGCUUCACCGUAGGGAUGGUGCCAGGUUUCCUCCAGACGUGACGCUUGGCAUUCAGUUCAAUCCAGAUAAUCUUAUUUCUGAGUCCUUUUAGGUGUAUUUUGGCAAACUCCAAGCGGGCUGUUGUGUGCCUUUUACUGAGGAGUGGCUUCCGUCUGGCCACUCUACAAUAAAGCCCUGAUUGGUGGAGUGCUACAGAGAUGGUUGUCCUUCUGGUUGUCCUUCCUCCGUCUCUACAGAGGAACUCUGGAGCUCUGUCAGAGUGACCAUCGGGUUCUUGGUCACCUCCCUGAUUGCUCAGUUUGGCCAGGCAGCCAGCUCUAUGAAGAGUCUUGGUGGUUCCAAACUUCUUCCAUUUAAGAAUGAUGGAGGCCACUGUGUUCUUGGGGACCUUCAAUGCUGCAGACAUUUUUUGGUACCCUUCUUCAGAUCUGUGCCUCUACACAAUCCUGUCUCGGAGCUCUACGGACAAUUCCUUUGACCUCAUGGCUUGGUUUUUGCUCUGACAUGCACUGUCAACUGUGGGACCAUAUAUAGACAGGUGUGUGCCUUUCCAAAUCAUGUCCAAUCAAUUGAAUUUACCACAGGUGGACUCCAAUCAAGUUGUAGAAACAUCUCAAGGAUAAUCAAUGGAAACAGGAUGCACCUGAGCUCAAUUUCGAGUCUCAUAGCAAAGGGUCUGAAUCCUUAUGUAAAUCGGGUAUUUCUGUUUUUUCUGUUUAAUAAAUUAGCAAAAUUUUCUAAAAACCUGUUUUCGCUUUGUCAUUAUGGGGUAUUGUGUAUAGAUUGAUGAGGAUUUUUUUAUUUAUUAAAUCCAUUUUAGAAUAAGGCUGUAAUGUAACAAAAUGUGGAAAAAGUUUGAAUACUUUCCGAAUGCACUGUAUAUAACAUUUCUACCUGCAAAUCAUACAUCAAACAGUAGUAAUGAAAUAAUAAAAACCCACUACAGAAAAACUGUCCGGUCCAGCCAGCUGUUGUGUGUAGGCUACAUCUCCCUGUUUCAUGAUUAGUUUGCGGUCACGAGGUUGAAAACAUUAGCAAAACAUUCACAUUACAACACUUCCUCAAGUCCUUGCAACAGUUAUUUCUCAACAGUUUCUGUGAAUAAAAUGUUAGAUAUAUUUCCUUUAACAGCCUGUGUUGUGUGCUUAUUCUUUUAACAUUGAUAUGUUCUAGAAUAUUUUGAGACCUUAAGAAGCAUCUGGUACUGCUGGAAUGUCUACCAAUGGCAUGUCCAUCUUUUUGUGAAAUAUUACACUGGCCACUCAAAACAUCUAUAAACUAUGAACAGACCACAAAAGACUUAACUAAUGAUUAGUAAAUGGUUUAUAAGGACCUAUAAUAAACAUCUUAUGAAUGGAGCAAUGAUUAAUACAUUAUUAAUACAUUAUUUACUAAUCCAUUAUGAAUGCUUUAUUACGUGGAGUUAUUAUAAAGUGCUACCAAGCUAUUCCAGGACGUUUUCUUUGUACAGUAUUUACGUAUGCUUGAAUGAAAUGAAUAAAUAAAGUAAUGACUUUCAAGAGAUUGGUCCAAUUUGGCAACCAAUACUUUAGUUUCAGCCCAGCACUUACUAACACACCUGAUUCAGCUAAACAUCUGCUCAUCAAGACCUUAUUCCAGCUGGACUGGAACAAAUCCCACCCUGUAGCUCUUUAGACCAGGGCCGUGGUUGGUGAUUGUGAGAGUAUAGAUGUAGGUAGGUGAGGUGAACACAAUGAUUGGGGAAAUAUAGUGCAAUAUUAUGUAGGUGAGUUGAAUUGGGAAGAGAAUAGUUGGGACAGCAUUAUGGUUUGGGCAGAUACUUUGCUGUAGGAACUCAUCUUUAACCUUAUUAACCAAGGGAGAAGGUUGAUGAUAUGGGGAUUGGGGAGAUACUUUGCUGUAGGAACUCAUCUUUAACCUUAUUAACCCAGGGAGAAGGUUGAUGAUAUGGGGAUUGGGGAGAACCUUAUUAACCCAGGGAGAAGGUUGAUGAUAUGGGGAUUGGGGAGAUACUUUGGGUCCAGGGAUGAGACAGUACAGUCUUAGAAAAAAGGUGCUAUCUAGAACCUAAAAGGUUUUUUUGGCUGUCCCCAUAGGAUAAGCCUUUGAAUAACACAUUUUUUGUUUCCAGGUAGAACCCUUUUGCUUCCAGGUAGAACCCUUUUGGGUUCCAUGUAGAACCCUUUCCAUAGAGGGUUCUACAUGGCAUCCAAAAGGGUUCUACCUGCAACCAAAAAGGGUUAUCCUAUUGGGACAGUCGAAGAACCCUUUUGGAACCCUUUUUCCUUAGAUUGUAGAUGUAGGGGGAAAGCAGUGAGGGUUGGGUAGGUAGCUGCAGGUCAUUGGGUUGGUGACUUGUAAGCUGACUUAUGGAGAAGGGUUACAUCACUGGUUUGGCAGUGGCAUGACAGUGGAGAGUGAUACUGAGGUCAGACAUAUAGGCACACAGCAUGUCUGCAUAAUCACAACCCUGCUAUGGCAGGGCUAAACAUGGAAUCAGUUGACUCUGACCUGGCGGGGGGUAUGGACUGUAACACUCAUUGUCACACUGUGAUCGACACAUGAGCUAAUAUGCCAGCUAAGAUUUACCUCAGGGGGUGUCGUGGCAAAAUUACUACUUUUGUUAUGCACAUGCGCUGUAUGAGACUUAAACCUGUAAAUUUCCACUGUCUGUUUGAAGGUCUUGUAAGAAGGAGCUGGUAUUUUUCCACUCUGCCUCUGUUCAACUUAGUCACACGGUCAAGACAAAGACCCUCUGAGAGUGACCACAGUGUCUCAGCCCAUCCUGUUUCUACUCAUAUCUUUCAAGGGCACAGCUGUGUGGAGAUAUGAGGUGCACAAAGGCUGGCUUGAACAGAGGAGUAACGGAACUAACAUCAUCACUUGUUUGUGCGCUAUGACCCGAUACACAUAGCUACAAGAAGAAAACAAGGUAGCUUAUCAUGCCCUGAGUUGCCGGGGAGGGGUGGAACCAGCCAUGACUAAGCAUUUUCAGGUCCACUGUAUAAGACGUCAACAUUUCCUGUUUGUUGGGCUCUCAACGAAUCACCUACGGGUGGUCGUUGACCAGCUCCAUUAUUGCAAUAAUUAAUCGAUAACAAAUAAAGAUGAUUGUUUGAAGAAAUAGCAAAGUCUCUCUCACUUGACUAGAAUUUCCACCACAUGGGUCACAGCUCUAGAACUGGGCGGCGACAGCCAGCGUACAGUAGUUUCUAUCCCUGCCCCUUGUAAUCCUAAGAGAAAGAUUUCUACCAAGUGAAUGGGUUCUUUCGCCAAUCAGUGAUGUGUGUGUUCAGUGUGUCAGGAGACGGUGUGGGAGGCCUUCAAGAUCUUCUGGGACCGCCUCCCGAACCAGGAAGAGUACCAGACCUGGAUGAGCCAAUGCCUGAAUGGCACAGCCACCGCUCUGGCGAUGGGCAACAACUUCAGCCAAUCAAAGGAGCACCUGGCCCUGAUUGAGAGUGUGAGUGUGUGCAUAGGAGAUAUGAGUCUCUCCAGUCUCCAUGAAAUUACCAUCAUCAUGUAUGUCUGCAACUUCUACAUCAACAUUAAUCCAAAAAGUGAUGGCUUUCAGCUGUUAUUUUGUGUGUGUGUGACUAUUAAAUUCACGCUUCAAUUGCCUAGUUAAAUAAAGGCAAAAUAAAAUAGAAUAAAAAAUACACUUCAAACGUUACUUGCUGUUGUGUCAUUUCUGUCUUCCAUCUUUCCCAUUUCAGAGAAUGUUGCUGACAGGGUUAAACAG